AAACGUGUCAUUUUCGUUCCAGUCAUUGCGUGCGUUUACACUCACACUUGUGAGUUGAGCUCUUCAGCCGCACACGAAAGCUGCACAGGUUCGAUAUCAACAAUUCCCACUUGUAGCCUUUCUUAUCAGUGGUAGCACUUGUCCGUGCAGUGCCGGCAGUAUUUUUUUGCAUUUCAAGGGCACUGAACGAACACCAUCCGCAAGAUGCAUACUGUUAUGACCCGUGGUAACGCGAUUUUAGCGUACUCGCUGAGCGUUCUUUCGGUGCUUACGUUCUGCUGCUUUGCUUCCACAUUUUUCUACGAUUAUCGUACGGACGCUCGAAUCAACACGGUGAAAGUGCUGGUCAAAAAUGUGCCAGAUUUCAGUGCUUCCCGGGAGAAAAAUGAUCUUGGGUUUAUCACGUUUGAUCUCGCUACCGAUCUGAAUCCGCUGUUCAACUGGAAUGUGAAGCAGCUAUUCCUAUACCUAACAGCGGAAUACACCACGGAACAAAAUGCACUGAACCAGGUUGUGCUGUGGGAUAAAAUUAUUCUUCGCGGCGAGAACGCUAACCUCGACUUCAAGAACAUGAACACAAAGUAUUAUUUCUGGGACGAUGGUAAUGGUUUGAAGGGACACCGAAAUGUGACGUUAACGUUAUCGUGGAACAUCAUCCCAAAUGCUGGACUAUUACCGAGUGUGUUUUCUCACGGGCAGCACUCGUUUAAAUUUCCCGAAGCGUACAUCGAGUCGCCGGUCUAGUCGUUAAGAAACCAAUGAGCAAGCUGGCCGUCUAUUUUUGUCCUCUUUUUCCAUCAAGAGUGUAUUGUAUCGUAACAUUUGAAACCCUUUUGAUUUCUGAAGGGAACAAACAAAAACAAUUGAAAUAAAAUGGGCUAAAAACAUAAAAGUAAAAA